AUGGCCUACCCUCACCACUCCCUCUCCCACAGCCAGUGGGCAUCCAACGACCCUUCCGACUUCCCACACCGUCCACGCUCUCACCAUCGCAACCACAACCAGGCUCCGCCGCACGCGCAUCACAACUACCACCUUAACCCAUCCACACCAAGCUUCCAACCGCACAACAUGGCUAUGCAACCAUACCGCAACGGUCCGAACGUCCCCACAGCCAUUCCGACCCCACCCUACAGUGGCGAGAAGGAGAACAUCUCCACCGACGAGCUGUGCCAGGUGAAGAACUUCGUCAUACACAAUCACUUCGACCACACCAAAGACAUCACCACCCUCGAGCGCCAGACCAAGGACAACUGCGAGACCAUCGAGGCUGUGAAGACGAUUGCUGCCAACGACAUCCGCGCCCUCCAGGACGAAAUCGACCAACUUCGCAAGGAGGUGAAGGGCGGACAGCAGCAAGCUGGCGCCUUGUCCCGCACCAGCUGGGCGGAGGAGAAUGGCCAGCAGCUCAAGGAUGCUACCAAGGACUUCAGCAAGGAAGGCAUUGCCGAGGCUUACCUCAAUGAGGCCAACGACUUCGAGAAUGCGGCGUCGAAGUUGCGUGAGCAAGCCAAGCAGUUCGGUGCAGUCGUUGCUGUGGACUCGCCGAUGGGCACGAGGGGUGUGAAGAUGCUUGCGGUAGGCAACAGCAUCAGCGCCGGAGAAGGAGUGGGCAAGGCGGACUUCGCAUGCUGUGGCAAGUGCUUCGAGGCUGUCGAGAACAUGCUCGAGCACGUCAAGGACGCCCACGCCUUCCUCCCCAACACCAACGAGCAUCCUGUCAUGGUGCAGCAACUGGACAACAGGAAGACCUUCAGCGAUGCCGAGGACACACCGACGCACAUGCCCGCUCGCCGCACCAAGGCUACCAAAGACAACACUGCCGAAGAAGUCAGCAAGCUAGUCCACAGCAGCCGUCCGAACGCCGCGACCAAAUUCGACGACUGGCACAACGAGCCCAACGCCGCCAAAUCCGAGAGCAGCGACGACGGCCGCACCCUCUACAAAGCCUACCAAGCCGUCUCAGUCACCGCCUCCCACCCACCACCCCAAUCCUCCUGGCUCCCCCUCGCCGUCCGCAACAUGGGCCCCUCCAUCCCCGUCCCCGCAACCUCCCUCACCCUCCAACCUUAUACCCACGACUUCCUCACGCACAAUCUCGGCGGAACCCAGUACUCCCCUGGUUUCCACUUUAUCUCCGGCCCCUCGGAACUGCCAUCGAAAUCCUACUGGCUCCUCGACGCCGCGCACGAACCGUUCCUGCCCUCUCGUCCAGGCGAGCAUGGCGCAAAACUGACCGCGUUCUUCAACUCCGGCAUCCAUGAGUCAGGCGAAGCGCCCGGGGAGGAAAAUUUCCUCCACGUGCCGGUGUUUGUGAUGCGCGAGGGCGGGGACGGUUACGAGUACUUCGGCAACUACUCCCAAACCCGCUUCAGCGACAAACUCGACCUCGAGCGCGUGAUGGAGUCGGUGCCGGAGCACGUGCGGCGUUUCUGGGCCGAGCAGCUCGCGGACCCCGGACGGCCGGCCUGGGUGACAGAGACGCUGAUGGAGCAUUUCUGGCCUAAGCCUGCGUAUCCCGGUCCGAUCCCUAGUGACGCGGCUGCACAGAGCGAAGCCACGGACGCGAAGAAGGAAUCCGCCCGCGAGAAGAGGUUACGCAGAUCCCUCGACGCUUAUGCCUUGGAGUUGAAAGGGUGGAAGAAAGAAGCCGAGCUGAAAGUCGCGCUGCUCACGCCCGAGGCGCUGAUGAAGGCUUUCGGGAAGGCCGACGCGGACGAAGAGCCCGGGUUAAGGUUGUGGUGGGAGUAUCUGGAGUGUGUGGAGUGGGAUGAGGGGUUUGUCGGUUUCCUAGAGGGGUUGAGGCGGAAUCCGGGAUUGCAGGGGACGUUGGCGGGGAGGAAGAGUAGUCCGGGAUCAGGGGCGGGUGUGCAGAAGGCCCGGCCGGCGGUGGGUGGGAAGGUCGUGAAGCCGGGUGUCAAUGGGGUAGAGACCGUCAAGCCUGCUGCUGCGCCCUCCUCUGCGCCAGUGAAGGACGCAGCCAACACUUUCAAGCCCACCGACCGCAAAACCCCAUCCCAAGUCCGCGCCAUGGCCGCUUCCGCCUCCGCGACCCCCAAGCCCGCUACCUCCAAGACGCACACGUCCGGCCACAAGCCCUGGGAGCAGAAGCCGCCGGUCGUCGUCACACCCUCGCACGCUACCAAACCCGCCCACGCCACCAAGACCCCGACGCCCACUUUGCUGGAUGCAUGGAGCGAAGCGCGGCCACCCUCGCCGGGACCAGCGCCAGCCCCAGCAGCGAACGGCACGGGAGACCUGGAUCUGGCGAAGCGCAUGCAGCAUUCCUUCACCAAAGCGAAGCCAGGGCGUGGCAAGACCGGUUUCGGGUUCAGGGGCGGGGAGGGCGAGAGGUAUGUGGCGCCGCAUAUGCGUGUGCGCAGCGGAGACUUCAAGGGCGAUGGUGGUCAGGAGGGCGGAGCCGAGGACGGUGAUGGAGGUGUGAAGGGUAAGGGCGAGGAGAAGGAAGAGAAAGGAGGAUGGGGCAUGAGCGAUGAGGAGAUGGCGAGGCAGAUGAGGACGGGGGAGUUCUUUAAGGGGGUGUGGUAG